AUGCGUGAUAAGUAUGAGACGCCCGAAGUCGGGACAAUCAGGAAAGACGCAUUGACAUACCAGGAAGCCAUCGAGAAAGGACAACGCCUUUUAGCUCUCACAAUCGCAGAUAUCACCGACGGCCCGCCUCAAAGCCAAUUCCAGGACGUUGGUGAUCUGGAAAUGUGGGGUUGGUGUACUUUCACUCUUGCUAGCCCGAAUCCCACUCCUGCUACGAACCUAGUACGAGCCCUAGGCCCUACCCUCAAGUCUUCUCCCACCACAGCUGGUAUCCUUACUAAUCACGACGACACCGUUACGAUCGACGGUAAGACCUAUCCAGCCACCAUGGCGCAUAUUCACAGCGUAAUAGAACCCGAGGCCGGUAUCUUGUUGGCAGAAUGCAACACGACGCCGGAAGCAAUGCUGAAUCCAUGUAGGAAUCUAGAUCCAGCGACGUUGGUACCCAAACUCCCAGAGCUGCGACAUUGGUCCGAUGUUGCUUUCUUGCAAUGGAAGGAUUCUGAAGAGGCGAUGGCGUUAUGCGGCACACCCAAUGGAAGUGGCGUACUGCAUUUGCUCGCUCAGCAUAAGGCAAAACUGGGCUACAAGACUAUUCAGGAAGUAUGCUUGUGCUAUGAAGAUGAAGAUGAAGAUGAGAAGGGGUUGCGAGAAGUUCCGACUCUGAUAUUCCAUGUCGAGGAUGUUUGA